AUGUGGCUGCCGCGAUUGAUGCGUGCGGCAAACGAAGAACAGGAACAUCGUGAUGCCAUUGGGCUAUCAAGUCAUGCUGCACAAAAUUUGUUCGGAACAUUGGUGGCUUGUGACUGUGGACAUCUGGUAUCAUGCAGACGAGCAGCACCAAUGGUUUGUUCUCGAAAUGAUACUCAACUAUUAAAACAUCGGUUCAUUUUGGUUAAAUGGUGUUGUAUUGCAUUUCUUCUACUCAUCUUUACUCUCAUCGCUUUCUCUGGGUUUUUAACUUCGACACCUACCGAACUGACAUCCGGCAACUCAUACCUCUUUCUGACAAUCAUUAUUACCAGUUUAUUCCUGUUUGGUGGUUUGUGUUGUUUGCGUGCGCGUACAAUCUGCAGACAUCGUAAUGUUCGCCAUGGUUCGUUGCAUUGUCGUCGUGGCCAUUAUCAGUCACAUUCCCUCCGACUUCCUGUUUCACUUUUUGCACAUAGUGCUUAUCCUCGGCCACAUGUUCAUUCAUCUCCAAGCUCCUUUCGUUUCUCCGAAUCACUCUUCUACAAUGCUCUUUUGCAAGCCUGUAUGGCUCCACUGCCAACAUAUAACGAAGCAAUUAAGGAACCAGUGUUUGCACCACCAGCUUAUUCAACAAUCAUUACGCAUUCUUCAGCAACACAUGUUAGUUCACCUAACGGGACUAAUCAUGUUUCAAGUUCUGUUCUAUCGUCAGUUGGAGACGAAAGAAUAAGAGAAAACAUCAGUAGCAGUGAUAGUAGGUCUAAGCAAGAAUUGAUGGUACAGUUACAGCCGCAUGUAGUUGAAACUGUCGCUUCUGUGGAAGUUCAUCAUGCGAAUGGGGCGGAUAAUGAGGUUGUACAGGCUAAAGAAUAUAAAUCUGAUGAGUAG